UCUGCUGCCUGCUGCCGUUCGAUAGGAUUCCAGAGUCCCUGUUUCCCGGAUUAUUGCCGUUGGCCACCGUUUUUCGUGGGUCACUAGGAUUGUUGGGCUGCAUUUGGGGCCAUUUCGACUGCACAGCUAGGGGAGCACUGCGAGCGGGGUGAAAUUUAUCGUUGAACACGAUCCACAGCAACAUCGAAUAAGCAUCCAAAAUGUCCGAGUAUUGGCUUAUAUCUGCACCGGGCGACAAGACAUGUCAGCAGACCUGGGAAACGAUGAACAAUGUCACCAGCAAGCAGAACAAUCUGUGUGAAAACUUCAAGUUUCACAUUCCGGAUCUGAAGGUGGGAACGCUCGAUCAGUUGGUCGGGUUGUCCGAUGAUCUGGGCAAGCUGGAUGCCUACGUCGAGCAGACAACGCGCAAGAUCGCCGCCUAUCUCGGCGACGUGUUGGAGGAUCAACGCGACAAGCUGUACGAGAACCUGCAGGCCAACAACAAUGACCUGACCUCGUACAUCACCCGCUUCCAGUGGGAUUUGGCCAAGUAUCCGACGAAGCAAUCGCUGCGCAACAUUGCGGACAUCAUUUCCAAACAAGUCGGACAAAUCGACGCUGAUCUGAAGACGAAAUCGGCCGCGUACAACAAUCUGAAGGGCAACCUUCAGAAUCUGGAGAAGAAGCAAACUGGCAGUUUGUUGACUCGCAAUUUGGCGGAUCUGGUGAAGAAGGAACACUUCAUACUGGAUUCCGAGUACUUAACCACGCUGCUCGUUAUCGUGCCGAAAAUGAACAUGACUGACUGGGUUGCGAACUAUGAAAAGAUCACCGACAUGAUCGUGCCCCGUUCGUCGCAGACGAUCACGCAGGAUUCAGAUUAUGCACUGUGCACGGUCACCCUAUUCAAGAAGGUAGUGGACGAAUUUAAGCUGCACGCCCGCGAGCGCAAGUUUGUCGUGCGUGAGUUUGUUUACAAUGAGGAGGAGCUGGCUGCCGGCAAAAACGAAAUCACGAAGCUUGUCACAGACAAGAAGAAGCAGUUCGGUCCGCUGGUUAGAUGGUUGAAAGUCAACUUUAGCGAGUGCUUCUGCGCCUGGGUUCAUGUGAAGGCACUGCGUGUAUUCGUCGAGUCGGUGCUCAGAUACGGACUACCAGUCAAUUUCCAAGCCAUCCUUAUCCAUCCGAGCAAGAAAAGCACAAAGCGUCUCCGUGACGUACUCCAGCAGCUGUACGGCCAUCUGGACGGAUCGGCAGCAUCGUCCGGUGGAAAUGCGGAUAACGUCGAUAUUCCUGGGCUUGGCUUCGGACAAUCGGAAUACUUUCCUUACGUAUACUAUAAGCUAAACGUCGACAUGGUCGAAACAAAGGUUUAAGCGUACGAAGGUUAGCGCUUUAGGGCCCUUUUUCAUCAACCGAUAUCUUCUUUCCAUUCUGUUCCUGCUUAGCUGCUCUUUGAUUGAACAGCACUUGCUGUUUGGUUAACAUUCAAUUUUUCCUCCUUUUGGUCCCUUUUAUUUUAUGAUUUUUUUUUCUCUCCUAAAGUAUCACUCUCACACACGCACUAUUUCCUGUGUAUUCCUGUUUGGUGGAAACAAAACACCAUCCGCCUCCAUCGUAUACACCGUUUUCCAUUGCAUUCAAAAUCGAUACGCUAUUAUGUUGCUUAUUAUAUUGAUGAGUUGUAUUGACUAUUGCGUAAUUGUAGAAAGAAGCCAACGUACGUACGAUUGUACUAUUUUAGUUCCGAUGCAAUCUAACAACACCUUUUUCGUGCGGCUUAAGUGUUUAUUACUCGAAAAACGAGCACAAUCCGGAAUCCCCGCGGCUUGUUGUGCCGGAAAUGUGGGAACCGCGAAUUGCAAGAUCCAUUACGAAGGCGUCCAUAUUAGGUGCAGUAGGGCACCAGUAGUAACAACUUACGGGCGAAACGAAAUAUCCCAACGUUGGCUGGUUUGGUGUGAAACUCGUGAACGAAAGCCACACGAUCGUCACUUCCGUUCGCGAGUUUCGGAAGGGUUACGUGCGAAGAGGAGAAUCCGCACGCAAGCUUCCUCCCCUUCGGAUCAAAGUAUUAUCUCGUGUUACAAUCGUUGCCAGCAGAAACAAACAAGUCGUCGAGAAAGGAACAAACAAAACGUAAUCCUACCGUGUCCGCGGAAGCAGAUGUCCGUUGUCCUGUGCGAAAAAGCACAGUUUCUAUUUUUGUUGUGAAUCGUUGUACUCAGUAUAUGUGCAGCCCUGCGGAGAUGUUCGCUUUUGGGCAUGAUUGCCAAUUGUUGUCGACCGUUAUCCUUGCGGGAGCUACGAGAAGAAUGAUGUAGCGCGAUUAUGCGCUAGAAAACUAGGAAAAGGACCAUCCACAAACAUUCUAGAUGUCAUUCUACUUACCCCAAAACGUACAACAUACACCGACGAAGAUAAUAAAACCCCCCCAGAAGAGGUACACGAUCGCAGAAUCAUACAGUUGAUGUAUAGGAUAGGGACAUUCUAAAUCUAGCACCUCCUGCUGAUAUUAGCCGAUAGAAGUCAGGAGGUGGGGGUUGCUAAAACCGUACGUUGAUGAAAUAUUAAAAAUUCUUUAAACUAUUCCAUAAGCAAAGCCCCCCCCACACACGCGCAUACACAAGAUCCUUAUUCCAAAUGAGUAUAAUUAUUGAGAUAAGCGCGCCAGCGCUUGCAAAUAUAUGUAUGUUAAAUAUCGUUGCUAGCGAAAGCCGGGCAGGUGGAGUUCCACGCAUAUAAGAGAACCGAUGCCGGAUGCGAAAAUCAUGCAAAAAGUAGUCCUUUUUUUUGUUAUUCAUAUGUUAUAUUUCGUGUAAAUAAAGCGUAGUUCCAGGUGAAAAUUGUAGGCUGUAAAUCAAACGGA